AUGGUUUUCCAUGUAAACUAUGAGAAUAUUUUCUGUAAUAAGAAUUUAAUGAUAAGUUUAGAUGGCCUCUGGACAGAAUCCAACUAUUUCUGCAUGGCUUGUACCACCUGUCUCAAUGUCUUCUAUUUCUUCGAGAUAGCCAACUUCUCUAAUCUUGUUUUCCUCUGGAUGAAAUGCAGAAUUCACAAGGUGCUUCUCAUUAUUGUAUUGGGGGCAAUCCUCUCUUUCUGCUUCUGCCUUCUUUUGAAGGAUGCAAUAGCUAAGAGCCUGAUCAGAAACCAACUAAAUAGUGGAAGAAAUUUGACAUGGAACAUCAUAGGCACAGGUCCUAGGGAUCUUAGCACAGAGGCCCAUGCGAGAGCCUUGAAAUUCAUGAUUUCAUUCCUACUCCUGUUCAUUACAUAG